AUGGCCCGAACUGACCAGAAGCCCCCAUGCAGAGGUGGCUGCUGGGGACAGCCAGGUCACCCCAACACGGGUGGGGCAGCUGCACACCCCACUUCCCACCCCAUGGGUCACAGGCCUCGAAUGUGCAUUCUGCUACGUGGAGACCAGACCACAGGUGGCCAAGCUCCGUCUCGGGAAAUAAGCCUGGGGCCCUGGGCGGCCGGCACUCACUUCCUGGCUAUCUCCACCACCACGUGGGGCAGAAAGACACCGGCCUGGAUUUCUGAGCUCCUGAACAGCUCAGGAACAGCGCAGCCGCUCGCAAACGUAGUGUGCGAGGCACAGACUGUUCCAGGGUCUGGCCUGCGCCCACAGGGAGCUCCUACCACACAGGCCGCUUCUCACAAGGGGACACCGUCCACCCCCAACCCCUGGGGCCCAGAGCAGCCCCAGAACAGACACAUGCACCCCAAAAAGGGGGUCACUGGGGGCCCCUCGCCGCCGCCUCCUGCCGCCUCCCGAUAUGGCCAAACACCGGGGCGCGAGCCCCGCGUGCAGGCGCCGGGCCUGGGCACCUGUGGCCGUCCCGCCAGCGGCCGUGUUCUGUCCCUGCAUUUAGAGAAGGAGGAUGGCAAAGGGACCCGCCCGCGGAUCCCUCUUACAGAUGCUGCCGUGGGCGGCGACCGCACGGACGUCCCCUCUGCCAUUGCUGCGGGACCGGCAAGGAGGCCGGAGCGACACGGCCUCCCCCUCCCCCUCCCUGGGUCCACCCCGGCUCCCACGGUGGGGAGCGGCCGGCCUGGAGCCCCUGUGGGACGGAGUGGAGGUGGAGUGAGUGCCCAGCUCUCACGGGGUGGGGCGGUUCUGCCCCCGGGGGGCGCUGGCCGGCAUCUGGAGACGUCUGCGGUCUCGGCUGGUGUUGCCGCAGGCAUCUGGCUGCUGGAGCCCGGGGCCGCCCAGGACGCUGCGACCCGCAGGACGGCCCCGCCGCGGAGGGCGGCCAGCCUGAGCCCCCAGUGCCCCAGGGCCCGGGACCCCCCUGCCUGCCCUGGGCGGAUCCCCGGGGCCACGCGGUUCGGGCCGCGCUCCUGCUCGCUGGGGUCUCCUGCCGUCCUCGCCGUCACCACUGGGUGGAGCCGCAGGUCCGUGUGA